UCCAAUUAUAAUGCGCGAAUAGCGACAGAGCAAGUUAUAUGUAUAUUUUUUGCAGAACAAAUAAAAUCAUUUCGAAGUUAAUUUUGUAAAUAGAAAAAUAAAUAUAUUAAUAAAAUACUAAAAGUUUUAAAUUUGUUAAAUAUUAACUAUUCGUGCAUGCAACACAAUUUUUAGAAAAGAUUAUUUAAAAUUUAUAUUGGAUUGUACAACUGAAAAUUAAAGUAGCUGAAAAAAAUCAAUAGGUCCGGAAAAGUAGAUCAGUGAUUAUAAAAAGAUUAUUUCACUACUAGAAACUUUUUCUUUUUAUAUAAUUUUAUAUUUUUUGCUGGUAACUAAGUAUGUAUACUAAGUAUGCACUUUACAUGUGUAUGUCAAGCUAAAAUUUUAACAAUCAAUCACACUAGGAAUUGAGCAGGAAAUAUAAAUAUAAUUCUAGAACAAAAGUAUUAUUGUUCAGGUGAUUAAGUAAUCAACUGGAUUAAAUAUUUUGUAAAAUUUAAAAUAACUAAAAGAAAGGUUUUUCGUUUGUGGAAGUUAAAUAACUAGCCGUCAAAAUUAAUAUCAAAAAACCCACUAUGGCACCUGUAAGGGGCGAUGGCAUGAGGGGGCUUGCUGUUUUCAUAUCGGAUAUAAGGAAUUGUAAAAGUAAAGAAGCUGAAAUUAAACGAAUAAAUAAGGAACUUGCAAAUAUAAGAAGUAAAUUUAAAGGAGAUAAGACUUUGGAUGGAUAUCAAAAGAAAAAAUAUGUAUGCAAAUUGCUAUUUAUAUUUCUGCUUGGCCACGAUAUAGAUUUUGGGCAUAUGGAAGCUGUUAAUUUGCUUUCUUCUAAUAAAUAUUCAGAAAAACAAAUCGGAUAUUUAUUUAUAUCAGUUUUAGUUAAUACAAAAAGUGAUUUAAUUCAAUUGAUCAUACAAUCAAUCAAAAACGAUUUACAAUCAAGAAAUCCGGUGCACGUUAAUUUAGCUUUACAAUGCAUUGCUAAUAUUGGAAGUAGAGAUAUGGCAGAUUCAUUUACAAAUGAAAUUCCGAAGCUAUUAGUUUCAGGGGACACAAUGGAUGUUGUUAAACAAUCGGCUGCUCUUUGUUUGCUUCGCUUAUUUCGUACUAGCCCGGAAGUGAUACCCGGCGGAGAAUGGACAAGUAGAAUUAUUCAUUUGUUAAAUGAUCAACAUAUGGGUGUAGUAACGGCAGCAACAUCGUUAAUUGAUGCUCUGGUUAAGAAAAAUCCCGAUGAAUAUAAAGGAUGUGUAAAUUUAGCUGUUUCAAGGCUUUCUCGUAUUGUUACAGCCAGUUAUACUGAUUUACAAGAUUACACGUACUAUUUUGUCCCAGCUCCAUGGCUGUCCGUAAAAUUGCUUCGUUUGCUACAAAAUUAUAAUCCAGUUACAGAAGAACCAGGUGUUCGGGCUAGAUUGAAUGAAACACUAGAAACUAUUCUAAAUAAGGCACAGGAACCACCUAAAAGCAAGAAGGUUCAACAUUCAAAUGCAAAAAAUGCUGUUCUUUUUGAAGCAAUAAAUUUAAUAAUACAUAGUGAUAGUGAGCCCAAUCUUUUAGUUCGCGCAUGUAAUCAACUUGGACAAUUUUUAAGCAAUAGAGAAACUAAUUUACGAUAUUUGGCUUUAGAGUCCAUGUGUCACUUAGCCACAUCCGAAUUUUCACACGAAGAAGUAAAGAAACAUCAAGAAGUUGUAAUUCUUUCAAUGAAAAUGGAAAAAGACGUUUCUGUAAGACAGCAGGCAGUUGAUCUUUUAUAUGCAAUGUGUGACAGGAGUAAUGCUGAAGAAAUAGUUCAAGAAAUGCUAAAUUACUUGGAAACUGCUGAUUAUUCUAUUCGAGAGGAAAUGGUACUAAAAGUUGCUAUUUUAGCAGAAAAAUAUGCAACAGAUUUCACUUGGUAUGUUGAUGUAAUUUUGAAUCUCAUAAGAAUUGCAGGGGAUUAUGUUUCGGAGGAAGUUUGGUAUCGCGUAAUUCAAAUUGUAAUAAAUCGAGAAGAAGUUCAAGGUUACGCUGCAAAGACUGUUUUUGAAGCACUACAAGCUCCAGCGUGUCAUGAAAACAUGGUGAAAGUAGGAGGGUAUAUUCUAGGUGAAUUUGGGAAUUUAAUUGCUGGUGAUUCCCGUUCUGCACCAAUAGUCCAAUUUAAGCUUCUUCAUUCAAAAUAUCACUUAUGCUCACCAAUGACACGUGCUUUGCUUCUUUCAACUUACAUUAAGUUUAUAAAUUUGUUCCCGGAAAUUCGCACGAAUAUCCAAGAAGUGUUCAAACAGCAUAGUAAUUUGAGAUCAGCAGAUGCCGAAUUACAGCAAAGAGCUAGUGAAUACUUACAAUUGAGCAUAGUUGCGUCCACCGAUGUUCUGGCUACUGUGCUUGAAGAGAUGCCAUCAUUUCCUGAAAGGGAGAGCUCAAUACUUGCAGUAUUGAAGAAAAAGAAACCAGGAAGAGUACCGGAGAAUGAAAUAAGAGAGUCGAAGAGUCCAGCACCAAGUGCUACUCAAAAUAAUGUAGCAGUUAAUCACAAAGUAAACAGUAAUGCAAACGCUGACUUAUUAGGACUCAGUACACCACCUUCAAAUAACACGUCAGCAGGAGGCGCUUUGAUUGAUGUUCUUGGGGACAUUUAUAACAACGCAGUUCAGCAUAAUGCUAAAAAAUUCCUAUUUAAAAAUAAUGGUGUGCUUUUUGAAAAUGAAUUGAUUCAAAUAGGAGUAAAAUCAGAGUUUCGUCAAAAUUUAGGGCGAUUGGGUUUAUUUUACGGCAAUAAAACUCAAAUUCCAUUAUCGAAUUUUACACCUGAAUUACAAUGGUCAACGGAAAAUGCUCUCAAAUUAAAUGUACAAAUUAAACCAGUUGAACCAACAUUAGAGGCUGGUGCACAAAUACAGCAGUUAAUGACUGCUGAAUGUAUAGAAGACUAUGCGGAUUCACCUUCAUUAGAUAUUACAUUUAGAUAUAAUGGAGCUCAACAAAAACUGAAUGUUAAAUUACCACUAACUUUAAAUAAAUUUUUUGAGCCUACUGAAAUGAAUGCUGAGUCGUUUUUUGCAAGAUGGAAAAAUUUGGGAGGGGAACAACAACGAGCGCAAAAAGUUUUUAAAGCACAAAGUCCCCUUGAUUUAUCUGGCGCUCGUAUUAAACUGGCGGGAUUCGGUAUGCAAUUGUUGGAAAAUGUAGAUCCUAAUCCCGAUAAUAUGGUAUGUGCUGGUAUUAUUCAUACACAGACACAACAGAUUGGGUGUUUGCUAAGAUUGGAACCAAACAAACAGGCACAGAUGUUCCGUUUAACAAUUCGUGCUAGUAAAGAAACAGUAACACGAGAAAUUUGUGACUUGCUUGUUGACCAAUUUUAAAAAACAAAAUUUUAAUAAUUUUGAAAAUGAAUUAAUAUUUCAAAAAAAAAUUUAUAAGUAUAUAAAUAUAUAAUAAUUAUAUAUUUCCUGUAUGUAUAUUAUUUUUUCUUGUAAUUAAAAUUAAAUAUGAACAAAAAUUGAAUAUUAG